AUGUCUACAGCCCAACAAACGCUCCGGCCCCCUUCGCUGCCUUGGUACUGCAGUGCGGAUGAUUUGCCUCGACCGCUCCCAACCAGCGAGGAGAUCGAAGCCGCCACCGAAGAGUUCCCCAGCAUCUUCGACUCCAAUGCUCGGCGCACAGUUCUAGUGAAGGAGAUCUUCGUGGUCAAAUACGGCCCGUUCGUGUUUGAGAACGAAGGGCAUGCACUGAUGCUCCUGCAAUCCCAGUGCGCACAUGAAGUGCCCGCUCCUCACAUUUACGCAAUGUAUCGCGAGAACGAUAAGCUUUACCUGGUCAUGGAGUACGUGCCCGGCACCCAGUUGAGCGAUCUCUGGCCAUCCCUUUCGGAAGAUGAGAAAACGCCCAUCGUGCACCAGCUCCGACAUGUGUGCGAUCGAUUACGAAUGCUGUCCUCGCCGGGACACUACGGCGGCGUAUACGGAGGACCUAUUCAGCAUCGGUAUUUCAUGUCUGUCGAGAAAGACCCUCGCAUCACUGGCCCGUUCACAAACGAAGAGGAUGUAAAUCGUGCACUCAUACUGCGGUCGCGUGGUUACUGGGCCUCGUGUGGCGAGCAUGGCUGGAUGAAUGACUUUUUUGAACGUCACUUGUCGACUGUACUGAGCGGCCACGCGAGCGUCUUUACACACUCGGACUUUCAGCGAAAGAACAUCAUCGUUCAGGAAGAGCCGCGUUUGGCUACUGAGGGAGACACUGGGACACGCCGUUUCAAGGUGGCAGCAGUUCUCGACUGGGAGGAUGCAGCCCACCUCCUUGACGCGUCGCGCGUCGUCUCCUACAUUGCAGGGCCAGCUUUCCAGGACACUUUUGAUGAUUUAACUGAGGCGACUACCGCCUCAGUAGAGACGUUCAGCUUGUUCCCUAAUAAGAACUAUCUACCCAUGGGGCUGGACCACGAAUACCGGGAUGCCCUAUUCGAGUCUAUUGAUGCAUAG